AUGCCGCGGCAGGGAGUGCGACAACGGAUGGGCGGAGCUUUACCUGAGGAACGCCGCGGAUUAUUAGCGACAGGUGGCGGAAUUCUGCCAAGAAGCAGAAGCCCACGGCCAAUUUAAACGACUUCUGUUUCAGGGGCGGAGUUCACCCAGGGAAAGUUUUCUUUUUCACCAACCGACACGUGUCAAUCAAAAUUACAUGUCCUUGUUAUUACUGUCUUGCGUUCUUGACGAUCUCUAAGGGACUUACUCGAGGUGAAACGCAAAUGAGACGUCUUUUGAUGUUUUCCAAGUCUUGGAAACGAUUUCCAGAUGUGAAUAGCUCGUUGUUGUGUUUUGUGGUUGAUCUGGAUUACCUGGUCCCUUCAAUAGAGACAUUAGCACCUGCAGUACAUUUGAGCUCUAAAGAUCCUGACCUCUGA